AUGGCAGAUCCCAUCCGCUGGGCCCGGUACCGCUGGCAGCGACUGAUAUCUGCAGAGGGUGGAGAAGGUAGCAGCAGCAGCAGCAACAAUGCAAGUAACAAGUGCUAUCAGUCAUCAAAAACUACUGGGAAACACAGGAUAGUGAUACCCUGUUUGGGGCAUUUUAAGGAAGAGUAUGAAAAAGUAUCCAAACUGUACAUGAACAAUAAAAUCCGGACCACGAAGUACACUUUACUGAAUUUUCUCCCACGGAAUUUGUUUGAACAGUUUCACAGAGUUGCCAACUUGUAUUUCCUAUUUCUAGUUGUCCUAAAUUGGGUUCCUCUGGUUGAAGCCUUCCAAAAAGAAAUUACAAUGCUACCUCUAGUAGCAGUUCUGACAAUUAUUGCAGUGAAAGAUGGUCUGGAAGAUUACUCAAGAUAUAAAAUGGAUAAACAGAUAAACAACUUGGUAACCAAAGUUUAUAGCAGGAAGGAGAAGAAAUACAUGGAUAAACACUGGAAAAAUGUCAACGUUGGGGACUUCAUCCGGCUAUCCCGUAAUGAAAUCAUUCCUGCUGACAUGGUGCUCUUGUAUUCUAGUGACCUGGAUGGCAUCUGUUAUAUUGAAACUGCUGGCCUUGAUGGAGAAACCAACCUAAAGCAGAGGCAGGUGGUGAGAGGAUAUUCAGAGCAGGUCUCUGAAAUUGACCCAGAAAACUUUUCCAGUAGAAUAGAAUGUGAAAGUCCUAACGAUGACCUCAAUCACUUCCGAGGCUUUGUUGAGCAUUCCAACAAGGACCGAGUGGGCCUCAGCAAGGAGAACUUACUGCUCCGAGGAUGCACUGUGAGAAACACAGAGGCUGUUGUGGGCAUAGUAGUAUAUGCAGGUCAUGAAACCAAAGCCAUGCUGAACAACAGUGGCCCUCAUUACAAGCGCAGCAAACUGGAGAGGAAGGUGAACACUGAUAUUCUUUGGUGUGUUCUGCUGCUGGUUUUGAUGUGUUUGACUGGUGCAACAGGCCAUGGAGUUUGGUUAAGUAGGUAUUCAGAAAUACCAUUUUUUAACAUCCCUGAGCCAGAUGGAAAAUUGAUUCCUCCAGCAUUAGCAGGGUUCAACAUGUUCUGGACGAUGAUAAUUUUAUUACAGGUCUUGAUCCCAGUUUCACUCUACGUUUCAAUUGAGAUUGUCAAGUUGGGGCAAAUUUAUUUAAUCCAGAAUGACAUUGAUUUUUACCAUGAGAAAACAGACUCAACAAUCCAGUGUCGAGCACUGAACAUUGCUGAAGACCUUGGCCAGAUCCAAUACAUCUUCUCUGACAAGACUGGAACCCUCACUGAAAACAAGAUGGUUUUUCGGAGGUGCAGCAUUGCAGGCCAGGAGUAUUGCCAUGAGGAAAACGCAAAGAGGUUGGAAUCCUAUCAAGAGGUGGAUUCAGAGGAUGAGGGUUCAGCUGAUCAUCAGUGUGGCUCUUCAGCCCAUGUGUCAAAAUGCCAGGGGCACAACUGCACACCUGUGAAUCGACCUCUGAACAGGAAGUCUUUGAAUCAAUUAUUAAGAAGGCAAGAUGGAACAGAUGAUGCUUCCCACCCAGGACAUGUUGCUUUCAGCAGCCCCAUUGAGACAGAUGUUUUACCAGACACACAACUGCUGGAGAAGUUCAGUCAGAUUUCUUCUGAUUCCUAUCAACAACCAGAAGAAGCCACCAGCAAGUUCUCUUUGGAGACAAUGUACAUCACUGACUUCUUUCUUGCUCUGGCAAUCUGUAAUACUGUUGUAGUUUCAGUCCCCAAUCAGCCACGUCAGAAGAUGAGACUUGCCUCCCUGGGUAGGAUGCCAAUCAAAUCACUUGAGGAAAUCAGGCAGAUGUUCCAGAGGCUGUCAGUCCGCAGGCAGAGUUCCUCCCCACUUCCAAGUGUAAAAGAAUCAUCAUCAUCAUCUGAAAGCCCAACCAGUUUUGUGAGCAAACUGUCUAUUUUCAGAAUGAAACUGGCUUCUCCUGCUUUGGAUGGAGCUGCUCAAAGGGCUGCUGAUCCUCAUCGCACUGACAGCCCAGACAAUUCCCAAGUGCCUCAAGCAGGAGGCAUGGGGAAGGUCGCUGCCGGCGGUGAACACCACAGUGCUGCCUCACCUGGUGAAUCAUCUCCUGUUCCUAGGCUGUGUUACGAAGCUGAGAGCCCAGAUGAAGCUGCCUUGGUUCAUGCUGCUAGAGCUUAUAAAUGUGUUUUACAGUCUAGGACUCCAGAGCAAGUCACUGUGGACUUUGCAGGCCUGGGAUCUCUAACGUUUCAGCUUUUGCACAUCCUGCCCUUCGAUUCCCUGCGGAAGAGGAUGUCGGUGGUGGUGCGGCACCCGCUCUCCAACAGCGUGGUGGUGUACACGAAAGGGGCAGACUCAGUCAUGAUGGACUUGGUGAGAACUGCACCUGAAGGCCCAAAGUUAGAAACAGAACAAAAGAAGAUUAAAGAGAGAACUCAGAAGCAUUUGGAUGCCUAUGCCAGAAGAGGACUGCGUACCCUGUGUAUUGCUAAGAAGGUGAUGAGUGAUGCAGAAUAUGCAGAGUGGUUAAAUCAUCAUUUUUUAGCAGAAACCAGUAUUGACAAUAGGGAGGCACUGCUGCUGGAAUCUGCCAUGAGGCUGGAGACUGAACUAACAUUGCUGGGUGCCACCGGCAUCGAGGAUCGACUGCAGGAGGGAGUGCCAGACACCAUCCAGGCCUUGAGGAGAGCAGGGAUGAAAGUAUGGAUGCUGACAGGUGACAAGAGAGAGACAGCUGUCAACAUUGCCUAUGCUUGUCAGCUGCUGGAACCAGAUGACAGAAUCUUCACUCUCAAGUCACAGAGUAGGGAUGCCUGUGCCUUGGUGAUGAGCAAAAUUCUAGAAGACAUUCAGAAGAAUACUUCUGCUCAAAAAAGCCCCAGCCAGAAACCUGGGAAUGUCUGUGCAAGCCCCUCCACCCAAGCUCCAGGGUUCAGUGCAGGCCUGGUUAUUGAUGGAAGGACUUUAGAGCAUGUUCUUCAUGACAGCCUACAGAAUGUUUUCUUGGAACUCACAGCAAAAUGUCGGGCAGUGGUCUGUUGCCAAGCCACCCCCCUGCAGAAGAGUGUCCUGGUCAGACUGGUGAGGAAUAAACUACAGGCAAUGACAUUAGCUGUAGGUGAUGGUGCCAAUGACGUCAGUAUGAUCCAGGUGGCUGACAUUGGUGUGGGAAUAUCAGGCCAGGAAGGCAUGCAGGCUGUGAUGGCAAGUGACUUUGCCAUCUCUCACUUCAGACACCUCAGGAAGCUGCUGCUUGUUCAUGGUCACUGGUGCUACACCAGGCUCACCAACAUGGUGCUGUACUACUUCUACAAGAACGUGGCCUAUGUGAACCUCCUCUUCUGGUACCAGUUCUUCUGUGGGUUUUCAGGCACCUCAAUGACUGACUACUGGAUCUUGAUUCUUUUCAACCUCCUUUUCACAUCAGUGCCACCCAUCCUUUAUGGUGUCUUGGACAAAGAUGUGCCUGCAGAGAUACUCCUGCAGCUCCCACAGCUGUACAUGAGCAGCCAGAAAUCUGGGGCUUACUUGCCUUCAACUUUCUGGAUAACCUUGCUGGAUGCUUUCUACCAAAGCCUGGUUUGCUUUUUUGUGCCUUACUUUACUUACAAUGGCUCAGACAUAGACAUUUUCUCCUUUGGAAACCCUAUAAACACAGCAGCACUCUUCACAAUACUGUUUCAUCUUCUCAUUGAGUGCAAGUCUCUGACUUGGAUACAUGCAGCAGUUAUGCUUGGCAGCAUCCUGCUCUACUUUGUCUUCACUCUGGUUUUUGGGGCAGCCUGCAAAACCCACAGCUCACCACCAAAUCCUUACUGGGUCAUGGAAAAGCAGAUGGCAGAUCCAGUAUUCUACUUGGUUUGCCUCCUGACUACUUGUGUUGCUCUGCUACCCAGGUAUUUGCUGAGAGUGCUCCAAGGAACAUUGUUUCCAUCUCCAGUGUUGAGAGCCAAGCACCUUGACAGGCUGAGCCCCGAGGAGAGGAGGGCAGCAAUUAAGAAGUGGAAAGAUGACUGCACUGGAAACUGCCUGUUCAAGAGGACACCUCCUUACCAAACCUUCAGGAUGAGUCUGGGAAUACCACUGGCCUGA